GACUGUAUGAUGACUAUAUGUCACCUCGAAAAGCAGUCCUGUAAUGCUUUAAGUCCGUUAGACACAGAUAAACAAUCAAAUCUAAUACGUUGUUUAAAUUUGUUUACCCAACUGCCAAAAUAUCAAAGAUAUAACCACAUUUAUUAAAUUUAGUAGAUAAUAGGUAUCGAACAAUGUAUUUAAGCAUACUGUAAGUGUGUGGAUUACGAGAAAAUCCCCGUUUAUUAUUAUUUUUCCUAUCCUGUGACAUUGUGAAAUAAGAUCUCACUAACGACAUGACACAACUAGGAGACAAUCAGCAGGUAGUUCAAGAAGUGAGUGAUCACCCAAAAUGGAUGUUUUGGAAGAAGCGAAGGUAUGUCGUAGCAAGCCUUGCCUUUCUUGGAUUUUUCAACGUUUAUGCCCUAAGAGCAAACCUAAGUAUUGCUAUUGUGGCCAUGACUGAAAAUCAAACUAUAACUCUGGACAACGGUACCAUCAUAUAUGGACCAGAAUUCGACUGGGACUCCAAAAUCCAGGGUCUUGUACUUAGUUCAUUUUUCUACGGGUACAUUACCACCCAGUUACUUGGGGGAUGGAUUUCUGCUAAAGUCGGAGGCAAACGAGUCUUUGGAAUAGGAAUUGGUGUUACCGGACUUUUAACCUUACUGACCCCAGUGUUAGCCAGAACAAGUGUAAACCUUCUACUAACUAUCCGAAUAAUAGAGGGAGUGUUUGAAGGGGUAACUUAUCCCUGUAUCCAUGCGGUAUGGUCCAGAUGGGCACCACCUCUAGAACGAACAAAAUUGGCCACCAUUGCUUUCUCGGGUAGUUACGUAGGCACAGUUGUGUCAAUGCCAGCUAGUGCCUCCUUAGCUACAGCUUUGGGUUGGUCCAGCAUCUUUUACUUCUUUGGUGCUAUAGCGCUAGUUUGGUUUGUGUUUUGGUGGUGGCUGGUCAGCGAAUCUCCAGCUGACGACCCUAGAAUUUCUAAAGCAGAGCUAGAAUAUAUCCGACAGUCUUUGGGAAAUGUUGAAGCAAAACGAAAAAUAAAUCACCCUUGGAAAGCAAUUUUGACGUCUCCUCCGGUUUGGGCUAUCGUGGUGUCCCACUUUACGGACAACUGGGGCUUCUACACCCUUUUGACCCAACUGCCUACAUUUAUGAAAGAUAUGUUCAGUUACAACCUCGAAAAAACUGGAUUCCUUUCUGGACUACCUUAUUUAGCGAUGGCGAUUAUGAUCCAGUUCUCUGGACAAUUGGCUGAUUGGCUUCGUGAAAGAAAAAUACUGACUACAACACAAGUUCGAAAAAUCUUCAAUUGUGGCGCAUUUAUAAUUCAUGCGAUUUUCAUGGUGGCUGCUGUUUAUUUGGAUUCGCCGGCUGGAACUGUCGUUUGUUUGGUUGUAGCUGUUGGGUUAGGGGUGUGUUCUUGGUCAGGAUUUGGAGUAAACUACCUUGAUAUUGCACCCCAACAUGCUAGUGUUAUAAUGGGUUUAAGUAACACUUUUGCUACCAUGGCGGGAAUAUGCAGUCCCAUACUAACAGGCUAUAUUGUUACUACAAAAUCUCCUCAUGAAUGGCAGAUUGUUUUUUGUAUAGCAAGUGGUAUAUUUGUGUUUGGAAGUAUCGUAUAUGGUAUUUUUGCUUCGGGAGAAGUACAAUCGUGGGCUGUUAAAUCAGAAGUAAGGAAAGAAUCACAAUACGAUAAUGAAUGUUUUGAAGAAUAAAAUGCUACUAUAAAAA